UAUGUUUCAUUUGUUAUGUGACUGAAGCUGCAAUCCUAUACCCACUUGUAUGGAGUGAACUCCACUGAACUCAGUGGGACUUUUGUAUACGAUUCCACUGUAAGCCAUUUUAUUGCCUUUUAAGUAUACUUGUAUAUGUCAGAUCUUAUAUAAAGGAUCCUGAUUGAUUCUGCCAUAUCAAGCACUGCUGAAGUUGCUUUGUGUCAAAUUAGUGAAAAUGUGGGAAAAGAAAAAUUGAACAAAUUUCCUGUAUAUGUAUUUCCAAUUUCAGACAUUUAUAACAUGACUGGAGUUGUUGUUUCAUUAAUUUUCAAAUGCUACGUGUCAAGAUCAGUGACUUGCCUCUAGUGCUGUCAGUGCAAGAGUGGAAUGGACUUGUGCUCAAACAAGAGGACUUCACAUUCUUCUCUUCUCCCCUGCAGCUCUCUGUGCACCCUCAAAGUCUGCUUUGGGUGGUUAGGGAAUCCUCCAGACCAGAUUCUGAGGGGCACAUAAAAAGCUCCAGCAGAGUGAAGAGGGAGGUGAAGUCCCAUGGUGUGAGUUGGAGUCCUCUCCUACAACCUUAGAUUCUGCCACUUUCAUACUCUGCUCAUAGGGGCUUCAUUUAUGGUUACUGAAGGCUCGGAACAGUUCAGAUCUGCUUGUGAGGUUCAUUAACUCAAGCAGAGUCACUAGGAGCAAAGUAAAUCCCCUCGAAACCAAUUCUUGUUUUUCUUUUGAAUCAUUUCAUUUGUACAACAGGCGUGGAAAAUGUCACGUAUCUUAGGAUUCUAAAUGUAGACUGUGGCUAAGAGUCAAGUGGCAUUGGUGAACUAGGUCCUAAAUCCAGAGUGUGCAGCAUUCUAAGAUAAAGAGCAACUAAUACUUUUAUAUCAUUUCAUACUGCUUUGUAAGUAAAAAAAAAAUUAUCAGCAGCUAACAAAAUGCAAAACAAAUUUAAGAAUAAAUAUGUAAAAACAAUAUAAAUCAGCAUAAAAGCAAAGGCCAUUGUUAUAUGCUAAAAGAGAUUUCUGAGCUCUCAGAAAAGGUGGGAUAGAAAUCUAAAUUUAGAGAAAGACAAGGGGUUAGAAUAAGUGGAAGGCUGAGACCUAGAAGAACCAGGAUAGAACAUGAGCUGGAGACCGCCAGUGGGCUUUACAUCCGAAAUAUGCAAUAAGGACCAAAACAUAGCAUAGAAAACUAUGGGUGAGACAGUAAAAAAGGUUGCAUGACAAAAAAACAUGCCAACUUAUUAAUGCAACGCAAUACUAGAUAAAAAUCAACUAAAAUUGGUGCUCAAACUUAAUAAAGGUCAAUGAUACCAAAUCAGCCAUGGUCAUUUCAUGAUGAAAGACUACUAAGGGCUGCCUUUAAAAUGCUACUUCUUGAACAGUUCUGAGGAGACAAAAAUUAUCAGGAGAUAGCAGAUUAACGUGGGUUCUCUUGAUAAUAAAUGCUUGUUGUUUUUUAAUUCUAACAUUUCAAUCAAGUAGACUGUGAUAAUAAACUGUCCUGUACCUCCCCCCUCAUGAAACCUCAAAAACCUAUGCAAAAAAAUCUGUUUUAAUUUGAUUUUAUGUUUUUAACAAAUGUAUAUUUGUUAGAAUACAGCUAUUCUCGUGCAGGUGAUGGUUGUUUAUAACUUAUCCUUAAAAAACCAUAGGGCAAAGUUAUGAAUGUUAUUGAAUGAUUUAGGUCGAUGAGAAUUGCUGAUGUGCACAGUGAGCAGAGUAACUGCUCAAUACCCCUUUUAUGUUUUUGAUGUCUCUGAAUAUCAGAGGAGACUCAAAGUUGGUAUACAUCAGUGCAGUUCCCACUAAAUUAAGAGAGAAUUCCUUUGUUUAUUCAGUCUCUAAGCCUGAUCUGAAGGAGAGGUAAUUCAUUUUCGUAAGUAACCCUUUCGAUCUUUUAACCUUAUGGCUUACUAUAUGCAGACCUGCAGGCAAUGAAAGCUCCUGCUACAGUGGUCUUCAGAGUCAAGAGAAGUUCAGCUGAUUCCUCUAACCCAAUACUACAAGGGCAGGAAGAUUCUAAGAUCAGAGGCGUCAAAAACAUAGGAAUAAUUUCAACUCCAAUAGUAUGGCCUGUGAAGCAGAGGCCUCUUCAUGCCAGUAAAUCUGCAUCAAUUGAACAAAAUCCAGAGAGAAAAAAUGCACCCAAUUAUUUUAUCCCAACAACACCAGAGGUCACAUCAUCUGCUCCUGAGGAGCAGUUGAUAUCUCAAAUGAAUAUCUUGAGUCCUUUUACAGAACAAGUAAACAUAGACGAUAAUUCUUCCAUGAAGUACUCCAUCUUUAACAAUGUUUCAGGGCAUUCUGAAAGUUUGCUAAUUGAGAGUAGUAACCAAAGAGAAAUACCAACUAUCCCUCUUGAUCAUAUCAGGAACAUGGUACUUCCUCUUCAACAGAGUGAAAGUGUUAACAGAGAACCGCUAUCGACUUGGGCACCUCAGUUAGAAGAUCCUAAAUCAGAUUCUUUAUUUCCUUCUCUGAUGAGCAAGAGUAUCUUUCAUCAAUCCACAGAAGAUACUCAGUGGUUGUUAUCAUCAAGUAGUUACACAUUCUCUUCUGCUUAUAAAUAUGCUUACAAUUUCUUGCAGUCUUUGAAUGAAGUUUCAACAUACAAUCAAGCUGUUUCUGAUAUUUCAGAAGAAAUGCUUCCAUCUCUUUCUGUACAGUCUUCUUAUACACACCAUAUGCAAUUAUUUCAAGAAACAAAGGUAGACUUACUAGAAAAAAGGUCACUUGGAAAUGUCUACCUGGAGCCCACAAAGAGAAUUCUACAAGAGGAUUCUAUUAGAAAUGGGUUUUAUAUUUUUGGUGAACUACAGCCUACAAAAUUUAAUUACAUCAAAGACUAUAAUUCAGUACAUUUUAAAAAACAAGUUUUUAAACAGAGUGCAAAUCCCUCUGGCUCCUUACAAAACAUGAAAGCCUGGUUUCCAGAUGUUGUGCCCAUAAUUCAGCCAACAGAAGUUUUCCUGCCAGCAGAAUACAGUGCAGAAUUGCAAAGUUUAUCAACUGUUUUACCAAAAAGAGACACACACUCAGAAAUUCAACAGACUGCUUUUGUUUCAUUGUUGUAUCAUGGAACUUUCAACACUGCUUCUUUAAAAGGUGGCUUAUUUACAUUUAGACCUCUAACUGAAGAGGAGGUGGUAGAGGCCUCUUCUCCAGAAGAUGAAUUUGAACUCCCAGAUACAUUUCUUGCUUAUACCAACUCUGUGUCUCUUUCCUUAAUUUCCUUGGAAAAUAAGCUUCCAGGAUCCGGACAUGUAGAAAACAGUGAACCUGAUAAACCACAUAUUGACAUGACUCUUCCCACAAUUGAUUCUAAACGGAUGGAUAAAAUCAGUAAGUCCUGGAAGCCUGGUGACUUAAGUCUUCCAACACAAUAUGUAGAUAAUUGGAUUUUGGGAAAAGAUCCUCUAGUGCCUUCUGAGGACUCUACAGAAAGGUGGCAGCUCUUCUUCAGCCAGUCAGUUUCUUCCCUAACAGAAGGAGUGUUAAUGCCUGCCACAGAAACAGAUGACAUCACCAUGCAAACUACCCCUAAUAAUAGCACAGUGGACCAUGGAACUGAACAAAUAAACACUUCUACUUCUGUGUCAGAAAAGAAUAGAGAGAAGCAUAGUUCAGUUGUUCCAAUACUCUCAUCAAGGAUUUCAGAAAGUAUGGAAAGAACAUUUCCACUGGAAACAAAAAGAGACCUUCCUCUUAACAUAAGUGUGUCCAUGAAUGAUGAAUCUCCACUUUAUUUUCCUUUGACUUCAUUAGAAAUACCUGUGAUUCAGCCUUCCAUGCAUUUGCAAAUAAGUACUUCUGAUAUGCUAUAUGUAAAGUUGAAAAGUACUGCCAGGUUAGCCACACAGCAAAUUUUGGAUAAAGCACAAGCUGGCUAUAUAAUAAAUGCAUUCUCUUAUCAUACUGAUCUGUUAACACUAUCUUUUAAGCCUCCAUGUACAGAAAGUGCCUGUACAGUUUCAGCACUGAGUCUAAUAAAUGUGCAAUUUGGUAGCCACUCAGCAGCACUGAUGGUGUCAACACCUUUAAUCUCUCAAAGUCUUCUAAGUGACCUUGGUCAAAAUUCUCCUGAUUUGGGCUAUUCAUGGAAUGAAGACCAAAACAUACAAACAAGCCCACUGAACGAAAGCCAUAUAACUGUCAAUGAAAAACAACCUUUGGAAGAUUCAGAAAACAAACAUACUCCUUCUCUUCAGCUAGAAAAUGUUGAUAUAGUUGUUGGUGAUAUGGACCACGAGAGUAUUAAACCUAAUAUAGAAGCUACCAUUUCAGAAGAGGAAUCAGUUUGGAAGGUGCAUCGCUUUAGCAAGCAUACCUAUAGUUCUGCAAACAAAGUAUUGCCCUCCUUCAUUCCUAGUAACAAUUAUGCUACUGAUUUGUACAUUUGGACAAUUUCCCCAUCUUUUGAAGACUUCCUGGAUUAUGGUAAAACAACAACCUACCAUUCCUUUUUGGAACCAACAAUUUCACUGGUAACAGAUGUCAUAGCAGAGUCACCUCCAUUUCUUGAAUCCAUUAUUCAUUUUAAUGAAAGUACCUUAAACAGUGCAAAUGCAACAAUUGGAAUGACACUCCUUCAUAAUUUGCAAACGCAAGGCUCAGUGGAAAAGGUGACUCAUGAUUUUUUUUUGUCCAAUGUGACAUCUAAAGCAAACCAAAGUAUUGUAGCCCACACAACACUGAGUCCUGGCACCAGCUCUCCCAAAUCUUUGUUGUCUUGUUUUUUAUGCAACAUCUUCAUUGACCGGGACUGCCCGUGUGGACCUGAGGUCAAGCACAGUAUGUCAAAGUGUGAAAGUAGACGUAGAAAACAAUCACCCAUCUGUUAGAUCUUGUAGAAAUUGAUUUAGAAUAACUAGGACUAGACUAGACUCCACACAUAGUAUUGUAAGCCUUUAACAGUGUGAUCCUAUACAUGUCUACUCAGAAGUAUGUCCCAUUGAGUUCGGUGGGGAAUACUUCCAGGUAAAUGUGUAUAGGAAUGGAGGCUAAGUGAACUUGAUUAGGAGUGCAUUUACACCAUUUUAGAAAAAGAUUAGUAAUGAUAAUAUAGAUCUUUAGUAUGUAACUCUAAUCACUAUCAUCCCAUCUACUAACUACAAAAACUUUGAGGAGACUAUUAUGACAAUCAUAUAUAUUUGAUCCACCUAUUCUGCCCAUGCACAUUUUGGUUUGAGCUCUCUGUGUAUACAGACAUACAUUUUAUAAAGAAAAUACAGUUUGAUCAAGCAUGUGAGGCUUUUAAGUUCUACCUACGAAGACUUUCUUCAUUAGGAUUGACACAUCCAGGGAUCCACAGAGCUAAUAUUUGUAUAUUUCUCCCUCUCUCCUGGAUUGGGGGAGAGGAGAGAGUGAGUGGAGAAUCUAUGGAUGCUGCUACACAAACACAGCUCUGGUCUGAGCUCCUGAAAAUAUUUCUGGUUUUAUUUUUGUUUACCACCAGAACAUUGUUGAAUGUAUUCAGCAAGAUAAAUCAAACCCUAGCAAUUACUGUAUGCAUGAAUACAGUUAUGUUAAAUUGAUUAGAUUGCCCCUUGAUACUUUACAACAGUUAGAAUUCUAAAAAAGAAAAACAUAAAUUUCAAAUAAUAAAAUUGUAUCUUAAGAAUCCUUUUGAUUUUGUCAUUUUAUAGUCUCCUGAGAGAUGCUAGAGUCUUCUAUACUAAUCUUAAUUAAACAUGCUUUCACUCACCAUGUGAUAUAUCUUAAAUAAUUUAGCUCUACUUUAUAGAUGGUUUAUUAUAGCUUUUCUAUUAAGUAUGAUAUAACCUAAUGGCAAAAGUGUUUUUCACUGAAACAGAAGUGUGAUUUUCAUAGAAUUUGGUCCAUACAUCACUGAGGGCUCAUAUAAGUGUCCAAAUAUAUUAUGUGACAGCAAAUGCUAUUAAUCCAGUCCAGUGUGAUAGUGAUCCAUACAUUGGGGUUGGGAGGUGGGAUCACAAGCACUGCCAUAUUCAUUGUGGGGAACCUGUACAUCCCAUGGGUUUGCCUUCAAUUGUAGCUUCACUCACAGGUUCUAGGCUGUUCAAUCACUAUUACUGAACAUUAUACACUCACAUUCUAAUAUGUUUAGGUUUUUUCAGUUGGUUAUUAGACCCUUUCAUAUUAUUGCUUUAGCAGGAAUGUGGACCUUGUAGUCCGCCGCAUGUUUUAGGCCUCCAUUGCACAAUAGUCAGGCUUGAUGGUAAUUGUGGGCCACAGAUUUCCCAUCUCAAUUUAGCUUAGGCAGAGAGAUAAUGAUUGGCCCAAAAUUGCCUAAUGAGCUUCAUGGCUUAGUCAGGAUUUGAACCCUAGUCUCCCAGGUCCUGGGCCGACACUAACCACAGUUCCACAUUGGUUGUUGUCACUUUUGCCAUGAAGCUACAUACAAGGAUCAAAUGUAUCUCUUUCUUGAAAGUAAACAGACUGCCACAGCUGCACUGUGUCUUUUAUGUUAUUAGAUUGGUAUCUUCAACUAUAUCAUGUUUUGAAUCAGUGGCUCACCUUAUCUGGCAUAGAGCAAUAGGCCCUAUUAUGCAAAACAAGAUAAAUUUUUGCUUCAGUGAUGUGAAUAUUUGUAAUAGAUCAUAAAAACAGCCAAAGGAGGAGUUUGCAAUUUGAGUGAUCAUCAUUUAAAUUCUGAUUUAUUUAUUCUUUACUAUUGAUGCAAUGGCCCAAUGUUUGUAAAACAUUGUCUUUAUUAGUAUAAUGAAAAGAUAAUUCAAUCACAAACAUAUUUAAUACUUAAGGUAAUUGCUAAAUGCUAGUUCACUGUUACCACAAAACAUAAAAAUAGUAGUUAAUAAAACUGUUAAGUAUAGCAAUGUUAUAUAAGCUUUCUGUUAACCUGAAUGAUGCAAAGUUUUUCUCCUUGGCCUUCAUUAUGAAAAGCCAGAGUAAAUCUAUAGUUCCAAAUUCAUUAAAGAAAAUGAAAUGAAAGGGAAAUUUGACCUAUUAAAAAACAAAAUUUAGGUUUAAAAGUUGGUUGGGCUAUGUGGCAGCAGUCAACUAUUUCAAGCAUUACGAGCAUCAAGAUUUAAUGGCAUAGUUAACAAUGUGAUUUGAUUGGCUAUUUUAUCAUUGUUCCAAUUCUGUCUGGUGAUACUGGGUUGCAGUCUUUCCACACCUAAGCUUCAUCUGCUCACGAUGAAAAUAAUUGAAACUUGGGUAUAGUCUGACUAAGCUAUGGGUUGCAUCCAGUGAAGAUGUCUUGUUCAUGCAAGGGCUUCCAUUUGCGUGAUAGAAUUUCCCCCACCUCUCUCUGUCCUCACUUUCCAUCUCCCCAAUAUGGCCCAGAGGAUAUGGGAAAAACCCUUAGAACAGAUCAGGGGUGGGGAGAAUUCUGUUGUAUAAGUGGAAAUCCUUUGACAAACUGGACAAGUUCACUGGAUACCACCCUAUAUAUUUCAAUACACUUUCAAACAGGUUUUUGCAGACUGCUAUAAAACAUGUAUCGUGGUUCUAACUUUUACAAUGUUUUUGU